UCGCAGCCCUGUCCGUACUCGUCCUCCAACCCAACACCGAGCUCAGAUCCCCUCGCAGGCUCGCGUCGAUCGUCUCGUCUCCGAUCCGCCAGACAGCGAGCUGCCCGUCGAGCAAGGGUCCGGUAGCCUUCGGUUAUAGAGAAGGGAUCGGCGGCGGCCUGCUACGCACGUAGCGAUAUGAUGGCCCGGCAACAAAGCGUCGACGUCCAGGCCUGCUUGUCGUCUGUGCUGGCGGCGCUUCUCUUCGCCGCCGCCUGCCUGCCGGCGCCGGCCGCCGCGGGGGUGCACCUCUCCACGCUGCCCGAGGCGCUCGCCGUCACCGCCUCCGCCAAGCCCGGCCAAGUCCUGCACGCCGGCGUGGACUCGGUGACGGUGACGUGGAGCCUGAAGAGCACGGAGCCCGCCGGCGCCGACGCGGCGUACAAGGACGUGAAGGUGAAGCUGUGCUACGCGCCGGCGAGCCAGAAGGACCGCGGGUGGCGCAAGUCCGAGGACGACCUCAGCAAGGACAAGGCGUGCCAGUUCAAGGUCACCCAGCAGGCGUACGCCGCCGCCGCCGGCGGCGGCGGCAGCUUCACGUACGUCGUCGCCCGCGACGUCCCCUCGGGCUCCUACCACCUGCGCGCCUACGCCACCGACGCGUCGGGCACCGAGGUGGCCUACGGCCAGACCAGCCCCGCCGCCGCCUUCGACGUCGCCGGCAUCACCGGCAUCCACGCCUCCCUCAAGGUCGCCGCCGGCGUCUUCUCCGCCUUCUCCGUCGUCGCGCUCGCGUUCUUCUUCGUCAUCGAGAACCGCAAGAAGAACAAGUAAAUUAAACACAAGCUGUUCUUUCCGGUCGCGCUCGCGCCGUUCAUGUAAUCGUCGUGAUGAGUUCUUUCCGGUCGUGACGUCUGUCGUUGCUCCCAUGGAUUGGUGCACGCGACUGUUUUGGUGUAUGUUACUUUCUGCAGUGUCGUGCGUGAAAAUUAUCAAAUAACUUGUACCGAUAAGUUUUCUCUGCUGCUGAUCCUGUUUCGAAUGCGAAUGGGACUCAAAAUCUAGUCUACUCGAAACUGGAUUAAUGAUUCAUUAUAUUUCCCACUUAUUACAAA